AACAGCUCGGAGCAGCUCAGACACUGGAUCUCAGGGAUCUCUCGCGCCGCGCUACUCGUCAACAAGGCACGGUAAAAUCCGGCAUCACCUCCGUGUUCCAGCGUAACAGCGUCAGGCUCCUGCUACAAAACACGAGCUCGAACGUAAAAGUCGGAUUCGUUUUCUACUACUGGCAGCUGUCGAGGUUUUUCUGCAAUGGAGUUUCCAGAUUUAGGAGAGCACUGCUCUGAGAAGACCUGCAAACGUUUAGAUUUCCUUCCUAUGAAAUGUGACGCCUGCCAGGAGAUAUUUUGUAAGGACCACAUCACAUAUGCAAAUCACAAAUGCACAUCAUCCUACAGAAAGGAUGUCCAGGUCCCAGUGUGUCCAUUGUGCAACACUCCCAUUCCCAUCAAGAGAGGAGAAAUGCCUGACAUUAAAGUUGGUGAACACAUUGAUCGAGAUUGUAAAUCAGACCCUGCACAAAGAAAGAGAAAGAUUUUCACAAAUAGAUGUUCUAAAGGAGGUUGUAAACAGAAGGAAAUGAUACGAGUGACCUGUGACCAGUGCCAUUUAAAUUAUUGUCUUAAACAUCGGCACCCACUAGAUCAUGAUUGUAACACCAACGACAAACCUCUGUCCAAGUCAGGACAUGCUGCUGUAAUGCGGGCACAAGGGGCCUCGUCUACCUCAGCUUCUACUUCUAGUGAAUCUGCGUCCAGCAACUCUAGACCUAUUUCAAAUGGUGUGGGUGCAAAUAAUAGAGGCCAAAGCAGUGGUUCUACCCAGCGGAUCUCUGCUUCUGUGUCAGCACAUAAUGUAAUUCCACCCUCAGCCUCAUUUCAAGCUGGCAUGACGGAGGAGCAGGCUUUACAACGGGCUCUGGAGAUGUCAUUGGCUGAUUCGAGGCAGACUGUUCAGCCGACCCUCAGUCCUCAGGAGCAGGAGGAUCUGGCUCUAGCUCAGGCUCUCGCUGCCAGUGAAGAAGAGUACAGACGCCAGCAGCAGAGACAACAGGUACCCAGGAAAGCUUAGCCAUCAGUAGCUUGCUAACAGGAACCAGUGGGAGAGAGUCCAAACAGUCCAACUGCAGCCUUUCUUAAUGUCCAACCACCAUUACUCUUCAAGCUGUGCUAAUUACUUACUAGAAAGUGCACAUCAGCAUACAGGAUCAAUGAUUGUCACAUUAAGAGAAACUCUUAUUACCACUUUUUAUCAAUAUAAGCACAUACUUUCUCAGCGGGAUCUGUCAUUUUUAAUUCUGACAUGCUCUGUACAUAUUUUAUAUGCUGAUGAUAAAUGCAUUAUAUUACCAUGUAUAAAAAUUGAAUAAAUUAUUUAGAAAUGCA